CAUGCGUCAAAUCUCGAAAAGCGUCCGUCAGCUGUUUUCCUCUGCUAGUCUUAGCCAGCUGAUGUUUGUGACGCAAACAUUUGUCCGUCGGUUCGCAGAAGACUCGUAUAGGACGUUUUCGAUUAUAUAGUCGCAGUGUGUGUGUGUGGGGGGGUCUUUUUUUCAGUAGCUGAAAAACUCCAUUAACCGUCAGCCCCUUUGUUCCGCCCCUGGAGUCAUGCGCUGACUUGAGUGUGUUGCACAGGAGCAGGCACACUGUGCUGCAUUUGAGAAAUGUCUCGGACCUGACUGAGCUCGAGCAAGUGGGGGACUGGAGUGUACUGAACCUGUGGCGUUAGCCUCCGCUCGGCAACUUCACCAUGAUGUCUACUUUGUUUAGGCGAUAACUAGGGAUGGCAAUCAAGAACCAGUUCUAGCUGAGAACUGAGACAGCAGGAUGACAUUUGAGGCAUCAAGCAGCGUGACACUGCUGUUUGACUUUUGGGAUGUGCACGGGCCUGCAGGGAUGGUGUUGUCUGUGUUUGUAGUCUUUCUGCUGACGGUCUUCUACGAGCUGCUCAAAGUGUGGAGAGUGUGGCUGGGGAGCAAAUCUAGGCUAGCCCAGCCUCAGUCUCUUUACAGCCCCCCUCAGUCCCAAUGCAGCAAUCCCGUACUGGUCAGCACCCCCUCUGAGUCCUCGCUGACCCCCAUACAGCCAGAACAUCUUGUUCCACGCACGAGUAACAGCUGGUUGCUGCAUGGUAUCCAGACACUCCUCCACAUGCUGCAGGUGACUUUGGGCUACAUACUGAUGUUGUGCGUCAUGUCCUACAACACCUGGAUCUUCAUUGGGGUCAUCGUGGGUUCAGUCCUUGGUUAUUUCAUCUCAUUCCCUCUUUUGGGUCGCAUCUGAUGCUAUGGACAGAUCAGACAGAGGACAGCUUUUUUCCGCUUUUUGUCUCCCAGUGAGGUAAAAGGAUGGCAUGCUGUGGGUACUAAAUGGAAAGCCACUUGAUUGACUAGUUUCUGAGGGUCAUUCUCUUCUGGGCACAGGUAGUAUUUAUGUAAACUGGCAUAAACCCUUCACAAAUACUAACAGUGAUUAGUAUUUGUGAAGGUUUUAGACAAAUUGUUAUUUCUGUUCUGUUCAUAUCUGGCCCCAGGACUCAGGUGACAAAAGGGAAGAUGUGUAGAGGUGAUUCUUUUGUGUUAAAGGGACUCAACAUUGUCUUUAUGAAGUGUUGCUUACUCAUCAUCUCAAACUUCUAAGUCACACAUGUGAAAAAUUGAUUUUAGUGUCCAUGGUGGUGGAGUGUUGCUUGCUUAAACUUUUCUCUUUUUGUAAUUUAUCUUAAAACACACACUAAUUUUAAAGAGGAGCAAUGCGUUUGAAACAUCUGCAGCAGAGGUACAACAGAACUCAUUGUGGCGUAUUAUAAAUCACCCGACUAACUGUUACAGCCACUACACAGUUCAUUGUACAGAGUGUUAUGACACUAAGGAGAGCUCGGGCUAUGCUACUGUGAAAGUGAAAAAUACUACUGAAGACCUGAGUGGAACCAGCAACAUUUAAAGUAUCAAGUCUUUUUUUUUUUUCUUUCUUUCUUUGCAGUGCUUUUUGGAGUGAAUUCAAAAACUCACUCAGACACUUGGAACUGAGAUUUACAGUCAGAGGUCACAAGAUGCUACUCAGAUUCAGGAACUGGAUCAUGUGAUUGCAGCUUGUAAACUUGAGUGUCAUCUUGGUUUAUUAACAGCAUUUUCACGUGGAUAUCAGGGGGCAGUGAAAGUUGAUCAUGUAGGACUGUGACAAUGAUUGACGAACCACAAACCUACAAAGAAAAAACACUGAGUGCCUUGCAACUGACAUUUCAGAUGUGUUUUCUAUUCUCCUCUGACAAUAGAAACAUAUUCAGAUAAUGUCUGAUAACUUGAGGUGGUUUACUGAUUUUUCACAAUAGAAAUCUUUUAAGAAAUUGGUUGACAAAAAUAAAGAAUACCAUUGAUGAAAUACUUUUAUUCAUCCAUAUUUGUUUAUAUAUAUCUCAGUGAGACAAAAGCACUUAGGAUACAAGUUGAGCUGCAACCAAACAGACGGUUUUGUAAUAAAUAAACAGGAGAUGGCGACCGUCAGCGGUUCUCCAUUGGAAGUAAUGGUUAUGAAUCUCAAGACAGCAAACUCAAAAUGCACUUGGAAACAGUGACAAUAGAUGAUUUCACAACAGGACACUGACAGCUUGGGCUGUUUAUAUAGAAGUGAAACAGACUCACCCAGUGUGUGUACAUGUGAUGCUAACAACAAAAGAAUGUGGUAACAAAGGUUUUAAACAGUUCCCUCAAGGAAAGUGAUAUGAUAUGCAACGAGGGCUGUCAUUUGGUACUAAUUAUAAUAAAAACAGAAUAAAAUAUGAAA